CACACACACAAACACACACCUCACCUUCAUACCUACCAGCUUCUCUGUCUGUCUGUCUGUCCAUCUCUCUCUCUCUCUCUCUCUCUCUCUCUCUCUCUCUCUCUCUCUCUCUCUCUCGUCCCAGCAUUCCGACUGGCAGCCAGUUACAGCAUUGUGUUGUCUUGGCGACUAACAGACAGACAGACAGACAGACAGACAGUGAGUGAGCGAGCACUUGAGGGAUGACAGCAAUGUCAACAUCAUCCCCAAAUGUGCCUCCACUCUUCUUUUGCUCUCAUUGGAUAGCACAAAAGCAUUGUGUUCCUCCACUUCUGGAUCUACAUGCUUUUUUUUUUUACUUUUCCAAAAGAAAGCAUUGCGUGAGUCGCGUGUCAGAUAAUUUUGGUUUCGAAUACAGAACGAAACGUUGAUGAUGAGGCAUUACAUGAGACUCAACGCUUUUAUGACACAAUUCUGGACUCGCAAGCCUCAUCAUGUUUGUACGCUUUGAUAUGCAUCCAAUCUUCGCCAGCCGGGAACGUUUUCAACGCUUUAACGGAUUUUGACUCACAUCCUCCCAACACAAACACACACACACGGACAAAUUCAUUUGACACGUCAGAGAAUCCUCAAUGCAACAUGUGUGUUAAGAACAAAUACAAAAAUCCACUUUGGGUCACGUUGCAUUCAAAUCUCCUUUGAGGGUCACUUGAGUGCAAUGUUUGAAAGUUACUCUCAAAAGUUAUGCCCAAAUUAAAGUGGCGGUGCAAAUGGAGGAUUAGAGCACACGAGGUUUAUGAUUCUCACUCUUGUGUAGUGCAGUGAUUCCCAACCACUGUGGAUUUUAUUUAAAUGCUCCAAAUAUGAUUGUUUACUCACAACAAAAAAUGUCUAGAUAUGCUAGCGACGUAUGGUGAGAGGCCAAACAAUUAAAUGCCCUGCCACUAGAUGGCAGAUGGGACGAUGAACCUGUGUAUCCACCUGCUGCCAUUUGUCCAACAAAAUAGUAACUUUUGAUUUAUCUAAAGAGGCCGUCAGUUGUGACAAUAUCACAUUUUUUUUUUCAGUACAUAUACAUUUUGUGAAUUCUUUGCUUUGGCUGUGUGCGGUGGGAUUUUUGUAUUUCAAGAGAUGUGCCUUGGCUCAAUAAAGGUGGACCAAGGUACUGGUGUGGAAGGCUAACUAUGUGACACUUUGAGUUGCCAUUAUGAAAAAUGUAGGUCACGUAAAAAGCGACAGCAAAAAUCUGUAAGAGAAAAAUGCAAAAAGCAAACAUGCAGUGUAUUAAGUGUUGCACAUUAGCAUGUUAGACGACAUCAUCUUUCAAAGUCGUAAAGACAACACACACUGAGUUUGCACCAUGAUGGGGAGGAUGAACCCCUCAGAGCCGCACACUUCCCCUCAACCCCUUCCCUGUCCCUCGCCCCCGUCGUGCGCUUCAGAGGACAAAGAGGUCCGCGAAAACACAGAGACGGCCGUAUUGACCGCUGAACGCAUUGAGCCCGUUGUCAUGGAGACAGAAGGGCAUCAAGGAGGACCGGUAACAAGUGGUUCCCCCACCAAGUCGCCAACAAUUGCAUCCCCGCCGCCACUGCUCCCGGUAAAGACCAACCUGGGUCCCCUCUCACCUCGACCUUCUUCAAGUACAUCCUCAUCAUCGUCACUUCCUUCGCACAUCCCCGUCAUCAGCCUGGCCCAUAGCAAGCCCCCUCUCGCCAUCCCCAACCCACCGCUGACCGCCCUGCACCCCAUUCCCAAUAAGCCUCCUCACUUGGAGCUGCGUCGGACUCAGCUGGCCUGUCUGCCCGGCAAUGGUUCGGGAGCCUUGCCGGGGUCCGGUGGAGGAGGCGGUCCAUCCAUGCUGCCUCAGACGUACCUGCAUUCUGCUCAUCCAUUCUACUCCAGUUCUUUCUUGGGCACCUCUGGCGGAAGCUACAGUGUCAUUUCCAACGUCCGAGUUAAGAGAAGACCUUCCUCGCACUUUGAGAUGGAGAUUCAUGAUUCCGGUCCUCCUCAAAAAAUCGCCCGCCGCGUUUUCACCAACAGCCGCGAGCGCUGGCGGCAGCAGAACGUGAACGGCGCCUUCUCAGAACUGCGGAAGCUCAUCCCCACGCAUCCGCCUGACAAAAAGCUGAGCAAGAAUGAGAUCCUGCGUCUGGCGGUCAAGUACAUCAACUUCCUGGUCACCCUGCUGGACGACCAAGCACAGGACGAGAGAAGGGACCCUGAGGAGGACGAGGAUGAGCCACGGAAGAUGGACUCGUCCGGCCUGGACAACAAACUGGAGCCUCUUUAUCAGUGUGACACGCCUCCUCCAUCCCAAGGCGCCUCCCCGCCUUCAACCAGUCCCGCGGUAACGAGAACCUGCCGGCGUAAUCGAGACUCCACCGAUUCGGCCAUUCGGCUGGCGGGCUCGGCCACCAGCUCCUGUAGCGACAGCGACGUGAACAGCGAGGACAGCUUUGGGACAAAAACCUCUGUGGUGACACGUGGCACUCUGGCCAAGGUCAAAGGUCAAAUAAGAAUGGUGGCAGCUACAAAUGAAGAGCGGUGAGAACAAAAGGAAGCGAGCCACCGCUUGUUCUGCUACCGCGCUCUCAUAUUAGAAAUGAAAGUCAUCUUGUAUGUUGUGUAUCUUUUAGUAAAGUGCAAACUUUUUACGGUUUGCACAAUUCAUUUUUGUUGCAAUGCGUUACAUUUGAUCCUAAGAAAGAAAGCUUGUUUUGAAACGCACUAAGGGCAGUUUAGAGCUCGUGUUGCUGGCUUGGCUCACACAAUAAUGUUCUAUUUUUUUUCAGAUUAUGUGCUGAUGAUAACAGAUUAAUAACAUGAGUUAUAAAUAGUAGGUUAAAAAAAAAAAAAAAAAGCGCCGUGACAACCUUAAGCCGGAUGUUACCAUUUGCUGACAUUAUAUUGUGACAAUGGCAGUCAUGGGAAAAAUACCUUUAUCAUAAUCCCGUCAUGUUUUUCAGGGGUACUUUUUUGUGUGCGCGUGUGUGUGUCAUUGUGUUGUUUGACAACCAGCAAGGAUUUAUGUAACCACAGCAACUGUAAAUGUGUGGUAAUGUGUCAAGAUGUAGGAUGUGGUUCAAGAUGGGAUUUAAUGUCUUGGGCAGGGCUGUUCAUUAGCUUCCUUGUGGGGGUGGCUUGAUACAUAUCGGAUAUGUUGAGGCGUUAAUGUGGCAACUGCAUGGAAGCUGCGAGGGGUGGACAGAAAACCGUCCCAAGCUCUUUCUGGGAAGCCUUAUGCACCCAUGUUCUGGACCACAGAACAGGAAGUUUGCACAACCCCGAAACCACAUUGAUUGGGGUGGGGUCACCAAACCAAAAAAAGGAGACCAGGAAAAAAAAAAAAAAGUAUUGAGGAAAAAGAAAUUACCCAUCAAAA